GAGGUGAAGUCACCAAGCCCAGAUUUGCUCAGUAUUUCCAUGGCAGCUUGGCUAGUCUUACUAUCCGGCCAGGCAAAAUUGAGAGUCAGAAAGUGAUUUCCUGCUUGCAGGCCUGCAAAGAAGGUCUAGAUAUUAAUUCUCUUGAGAGUCUUGGCCAAGGAAUAAAGUAUCACUUCAACCCUUCCCAGUCAGUCCUUGUCGUGGAAGGAGAUGACAUUGAAAAUAUAAAUCAAGCUCUCCGAAAGGUGUCAUACAUCAACUCUAGACAGUUUCCUACUGCAGGUGUACGACGUCUGAAAGUCUCAUCAAAAGUCCAAUGUUUUGGUGAAGAUGUCUGCAUUAGUAUCCCAGAUGUAGAUGCAUAUGUAAUGGUGUUUCAGGCCAAUGAGCCCAAGAUUACAAUAAGUGGGAUGAACCACUUUGCUAGACCAGAUACAGAAUUUGAAAGCGAAAGAGGUGUUACUUUGUUACCUGACAUCAGGAUUGUCAGCACAGUCACUAAAACGGAGCAUCCAGUGGACGUAAAAGAACAUGACAGAGCCAAUAAACCAGUGAUAUUAGAGGAAAUGCUCCACAACUUGGAUUUCUGUGAUAUUUUGGUCAUUGGCGUAGAAUUAGACCCUGAACAAGAGUGUUUAGAACUAGAUCCUGUGGAGCUUCAAGGAAAACGUCUAGAUGCCACAAAUUCCACAACGGGAUAUUCAGUCUAUGGUGUGGACAGCAUGCACAACUAUGAGCAGGUUCUUCGGCAAAUUCGAUAUCGUAACUGGUUCACUUCUGCCACCUUUGACAGGAAGUUCAGAGUCAAGUGCUCAGAGCUAAAUGGACGUUACACUAGCAAUGAAUUUAACUUGGAGAUUAAUAUUCUACACAGCUCCAACUCCAAUUCCAUGGACCAUGUAAAUCAUAUGAUAGUACAGCCACCAUUUCUCCAAUCUGUCCACCACCCAGAGGGAAGCGUAAGCACUGUUCGCAACUCAGUUGUUCCAAGUGUGGCUACUAUCGUUAUCAUAAUCUGUGUGAGCAUACUCAUUUUAAUCAUAACCUUGGGGGUCUAUCGAAUUCGGACAGCUCAUCAGCACAGCUCUGCAGACCACGAAGGAAGUAAAGAACAUGAAAUGGAUUGGGAUGAUUCUGCUCUGACUAUUACCGUCAACCCCAUGGAGAAAUACAAAAAGCCUCACCAAGCAGAAGAGGAAAGUGAGGAGGAAGACAUAGAAGAUGAAGAGGACGACACAACUAGUGCUGAAUCAGAUGAAAGUGAAGAGGAGGAGGAGGAAGAGGAACUGAUUGUCCAAAAGGGAGACAAACAGAAUGCCACCAGGCAAGAGCAGUUGGAGUGGGAUGAUUCAACACUCCCAUACUAA